UACGACGUGACGUGGGUUCCUGGUGUCUGCUUACAUAAGACAUAAUAAGCCUUGCUCCUGGUCUACAACUUGUGCUUCCGAAUCUACAGCUUUUCAAGACACUAAAUCUAUGGAUGAGAUUUCUGCAGAACCUCAAAAUAACACUCGGGACAGAGUUCAGCUGUAACUAAAGUUUAAAGAUGGUGAGAAGAACACUCCUUGGCUUUUUCUCACUUAUUCUGGUCUUGGCCUCCAGUGCUGCCACCAUCAAGACCCUGAAAGAGAUUAAGGACUUGAAGAAAACCAGAAACCUUGUCAAAGAAUUCCCACGGCAUGGUCUCAUGCUUCUGCACUGGUUUGCCAACAGUGUAAGGAUUGAUGAAAAGGGAGUGAUUCAACUGAACUACGAUCCAGGACAAGGCAUCUACGGAUCACGCUGCUACCGAAGUGUGAUGCCUCCUCAAGUUGUUGAAAAAAGACGUCUGUCUCCGCCUGAAAGUUGGUUUUACUCCUUGGGCGAUCUCAGUCAUGAAGGUUCUCGAAUGUUGCCGUCUUAUGUAACACAGGACUUCCACAACUCAAUGGGAUCUCAACACGAGAACGUGGACAGAUUGCUGAUUGAAGUCCAGAAAAACAGUCCUCAGAAAGUGGAUAAAUUGUAUAUAACUCAGCACUUUGAGGGCAAAAACCGAAGAGUUGAUCUAAACAACACCUAUGAGAUCAGUUCUAAACUUCUGAUACAAAUCCAAGCCCUUUCAAAGAACAUUGCCUGCAAUGCAAAUGAUCCUAGGCUCGACUUUAGCCCAUGCAGGAUCUUGGAUCACCAGCAAAAAGCUGCAAAAGUGGAGAUGGUGUAUCCAAAAACACCAGGACUUGCAUGGUUUCUGAGUCUUGCUGGUUACAACGUUGAUCAAAGGUUUUUAGUGUUUCUCUGCUCAACUAACCCAGCAAACGACUCCAGUGGUAAAUGUUAUCCACUUUCAGUAAAUGACCCUGAAACCCAAUGCCAAGUUCACUACAAGAUCAAGCUAGAGGUGAAGUCCACUUCAACGGGGUACGCAAAGAUCCUGUGGAGUGGAAUCCCAGAAAGCAUCGCAAGAAUGGAGGUGAAUAUUGGUCUUUACAAAGAUGGAACCAAAGAAGAACCUUUGGAAGAGUAUCCAUUGAGUGGAAGAACCUUUGGAACCAUAGACACUAACAUUCCCCUAAACCCCGGCCAUCAAGUGCAUCUUCUAAGACGUGAACAGACUCCGUACUACCUUGUUUUCAGCGCCACGCACUACUCAAGCAUCUGGAAAGGUCCGGAGUUUGACGAAGCCAACUGGGUUCAUCCAACUAGGGUCAGAGGCUACGAUAUGAGUCUCCAGCUUUAUACCAAACAUGGUUAUGCAUGUGCUCGCCUCUACGUUAAGAAGACGUUCACUAAUUGGAAAAACGUCUUCGACAACUCAUGGGUGGGAUUCUAUGCAAGCUAUUUAGACGAUAAUGAUGCUUAUAGCAAGUAUGAGUGGGUGGUGAACUUUGAGAAGAGGCCAGAAAAAGGCUGUCCUUUGGAUUACGACGUCUAUGAGGCUGAGUCGGGCCUAGCGAUUGGUCCUGGAGUUCAGGCUCGACUCAUGCUGACGAAGCAUAUCGGAAGUGAGAAAGCUCGCACCGUUUCCUGGGAAGAAAGUUCGACCAUAAACCAGUAGCUACAUAUACGUUUAAGGACUCGUUAACUACUCGUUUCUUGGGUUUUCCAGGCAGGUUAUCCAGUUUAUCCAGGGUUCUUUUUAGACGAUUUUACACCUGCACUUUUUAAUCUGGUUAAAUUGGACCCUGAUUUGGUUUUCACACUUUGUGAGAUUCAGUACAGACCAAAACAAGUCCUAUUCUGUUAGCAGUACUUCCUUACUUAGUGGACUUAGUGCAUUUAUUAUAUUUAUUAGAAGGAAUGUCCACAAAAUAUCAAACAUACUGGGUUAGUUCCCAAGAAAAGGAUUAAACCUAGUAUUGAACUGUACGGCAUUUUGAAUAGAGAGUAACUCAAACUUGACUCAAACUUAUCUCAAUAUUAAGUGUUAUUUUAUGUUCUAAUUGAUUUUUUAUUGCGUUUGGUUUGUUAGUUUUGAAUUGUCUAAUGAUUUUUUAAAGAAAUUAUCAGGUUUUAGUCAACUAUGGAGAUACAGUGCCUUAAAUAGCCCCAUCUCCCAUUCACAAAUGUGUUAUCAGUGGGAAAAAAAACUAUGUAUGUAUGUAAAUGCUAUAUAUUUACAAUAGUAGUAGUUUUGUUAAUGAAAAUAUGUUUAAGCAUAAAUUGUUGUAUUACUGCUUAUGUUUGCAGUUUAUAUGCAUGCAAUAAAUAUUGUACAGUUUAUUACUGUGGUAGAUUUUUAAAAUUACAUCAUUUAUUUUGUUACAACGAUAUUAUUUUACAUAAAAUCAGACUCUUGGUGACUUUUUACAAGAUAUAUAUAUUUUUUUUAGUUUUCACUGAAUGUUUGUGACUGUUAUAAUUUUAUAUAAACGUUCACAUUAAUUUUCUUUUUGUUGAAAUUAGUAAAAUAUUUCUGAGAUUUUUUUUAUAUCACCAAUAAUAUUUUUAUCACAAUAAUAGCCCGAAAUUAGGUGAUAAAAAUUAUAUCUCGCUAUUUCUGUAAUUUUGUUGUACUAGCCUGUGCUAAAGGGUGUGUUAAAGCGAGUUAAUAAUUGCAUACUAAUCAAAUUAAUGGAAAUAAUAGAUUUAAGGCAUUUUUUAUGUGUACACUUAAAACAAACAAAAACAUUAAAAUCACCAGUGUAAAUAUUAAAAAGGGAACGUAUAUGUAAACCACGUGACCUGCCUGAUUUUGUUA